AUGGAUACUUACAACCUUGGAUGGAAGUUAGCCUAUGUCACUAAGAACUUAGCAUCAAGAGACAUAUUGUCAACCUAUGAAACUGAAAGGAUUAAGAUUGCUCGGGAAUUAAUCAACUUCGAUCAUAAAUUAUCCCGUAUGUUUAGUGGAAAGCCGUUGAUUCCAAAUAAUAAUUCUUUAACAAAACCAGAAGGUGUUGAUAUGAAUGAAUUUCACGAGGCUUUUUAUAAAGGUAAUGAAUUCGCUUCUGGAACUGUUGUUGACUAUGCAUCUUCUCAGCUUGUCUGCAAACCAGAGGCCAACAAUGAGGUCGAUUUAAAUUGCAUAUACACUAAGCCAUACGCAACUAAUAUUCCAAUUGGUAGAAGGUUUGAUUCUGCAAAAGUUGUUCAACAUUCCGAUGCCAGACCCAUUAUUAUAGCGGACCAUAUGUUAAGUGAUGGCCGCUGGAGAAUUUUGAACUUCUGUGGUAACUAUAGCAAUUUAGCUAAUAAAGAGACUUUAAAAAUGAUUUCGGAUUUUGUGUAUUCUGAUAACAGCUUCAGAGUUAAAUACACCCCUGUCAACUCUCACGAGGACUCUGUUAUUGAUAUUCUAUCUAUCUAUUCAUCCGACCGGGAGUCUCAUGAAUUAUUCGACUUCCCAAGAAUAUGUGUUCCUCGCGACUUUAAGAAACGUCUUAACUACUGGAAGCUUUACGCUGGUAUUGAAGAUACUUUGCACGAAGGCCGCUGCGAUGCUUACAAGAAAUAUGGAAUUGACUCUGAAAAAGGUGCUAUAGUUGUUGUGAGACCAGAUGGUUAUAUUGCAAUGGUCAAUGAAUUCAACCUUGAUAGCUACAAGAAUAUUGCCCAAUUCUUCGAAAAGUUCAUGGUUUCACAAUCCAAAAACAUCUUGCCUACACCAACCCAAGAUGAUCUUGACAGAUUUAUCAAGCCUCUGCUUGCUGUAUAA